CCGAAGGGGCACAUGGACACAUUUUCAUUCAUGAGCAAACAACACAGCAAUUGAAGGCAACUUACAGCAAAGGCCCGGAUAUUUUUUUGGUGCAUUUUGUUUUUCUAUUUUUGGGAUUCAACACUUCACUGUAGCGGUGGGGCCAGGGGCCAACCUUGACCCAGAGAUGCGGUCUCUUCUCCCGCUCACUGUCUAUUGCAUCAGCCUGGUCUGCUUCCAGCAGCUGCUGGCAGAGGACAGCUGGGACCCUCUCAACAAGCUGACUGACCUGAAAGAGAACCCCUCUUUGCCCUCCGAGGGCCAAACAAACACCCCCGCCCUAUCUUCGGAGCCCACUCCAACCCCAAGGUGGAACCACCUUCCGGCAUCAAGCCUAAGAAGAACCAACCCCAGCCUGGCGUGGGCGCGACCGGACGAGCGUUUGGAGGUUAGGUGGAGGAAGGGGUCCAGGGCUCGUCGCCACACCCACCUGGGUUUCCGGGGUGCCCACCACUACCCCCAUCAUGCCCAGCUGAUGAGAGUCGGUUGUGUCCUUGGAACCUGCCAAGUACAGAACCUGAGCCACAGGCUUUAUCAGCUUAUCGGCCAAAGUGGCAGAGAAGACUCGUCCCCCAUUAACCCAAGGAGUCCGCAUAGUUACGGAUGAGUGACCCUCACAGGGAAAAAACCUACAUUUUCGGUUAUUUAUCUCUUAAUGUAUUAGUCUGGUGGAUGUACAGUAUCCCAUAGUGACAAUUACAGUAUACUUUGCAUGAAUGACUGUUGUGCUUCUUUACUUUAUGUGCAAACUAUUUUAGGAUAAAUUAAUUUAUAUUUAGGACCAGUUUGAGUUAACCCCGCCGCCCCCCAAUCUGAGAAUGUUUGCCUUUUGGUGGACGGACAAAGUCAAGCACCUUAGUUGGACAGGAGGCUAACCGUGUUAAUGUAAGAAUGAAGACUUAUCUACAACACUGACCUUGCCACUGGUUGUUAUCCUGUGCCUUGCUGAUCAGAAACUAGUUCCAGUCAUGUCAGACCAAACUUUCCUCGUUUACUGUCCAGCACUACACUCGUCCUUUGCAGCAGCUGGGUCACUUCAUAGCGUCUGUGGAGAAAAUUCUUCAAAUUCAAAUGGGAACUUCUCAUAUUUUGCUGCAAAAUGUUAUUUUUCCCAUUACAUCAAUGACACAUUUUUUUUAAAGUCAACUAUCACCAAUUAUUUUUUUAUUUUAAGAUGUGUAGCAAAGCCUGCUUUUUUUUUUUUUUUUUUUUUUACAAAUAUGUCAUCCAUGAAGUGGUGGGAACUUAUUUACAUAUUGUUACAGUAACAGUCAAUGACAUCCCACUCCAAUCCCCUAGAUGGCGGUAAUGUGCAUUACAAAGCACAUGAACGGAACAGAGCACACCAAUUAAAUAUAGUGCUAAAAAAAUAGUAAACACUAUAAAUAAAUUACAACAACAUUUUUAAAAAGUUGAAAUUAAAUAACUACAGUUGUUCCUCGAUUAUCGCCAUUAAUUGGUUCCGGACAUGAUCACGCUAAAUGAGUUUUCGCAAAGUAGUAAUCAUUAUUUGUACAUUAAUUAUUUUCAUUGGUAGAACAUACAAAAUAUGUUUAUAACUUUCUAAAUACGCCUAAGAGCCGUCUAGACAUGAAAAAACACCCUCCAGUCACCCUUGUAUGCUUUUAAUCUUAUUUAGUGAUACUGCCUGAGGCUGAGCCAAUCAGUGGCCACAAUACUGAACCACAUGCUCUGAUUGGUUUGGUCUCUUCUAGUUGCUAAUACUGCUGUAGAAUUUAUAUUUUAGUUCAUUUGGACAUUUUAAUUUUAGAAAAUGUUUAAUUUAGGCCCAACAAAUUGUAGAAUAUGCUUCAGGAAAACCUAAACCGCUAAAUUCGAAGUGCAAUGUGGAGAGAGGCAACUGUGUAAUAACAGUAAUGUACUCAUUGCAAACACUUCACCUCCUUGUGCACUUCAACUGCCAUUAUUUGUAGCUGUCAAUGCGAUUCCACUCCAGUCCCCUUGAUGGCGGUAAUGUGCAUAGCAAAGUGGUUGACAACUGCUAAACACCAGAACAGAAUUGGGUGCGCUGACAUCAAAUGUGUAAAAUAAGUAUAAUAUCAAAAUAUAUAUACAAAUACAAUUAAAAUAACUAAAGCGUAGAUCUGAAAUGUAAGACUUUUUGUGUUGUAAUCAUCAAAAUCAUUUUAGAAAAUACACGGCAAAUCACAUUGUAUCGCCAAUAAUCAAAAUACAAUAUAAAACAAAUGUUUAGGUUAUUGCUGAUGAUGUAAAUGUUACAAUAGAGCAAUGGUUCAGCUCUCUGUGGCUCCACUGUUGACAUUUCCACCCGUGCUGUUGGCACAUAUCAAAUAUUAGUCUUUUCACAUGAUUCAUAAGUUCUCCCUGCAAGUCAGGACUUUGGGCUUGACAGCAGUUUUAGCUGACCUAAUCUUUGCAGUCAUAUGCAGCACCACAGCAGGGAUGUGGAGGGGCCCUGAAACCGCCACAGUCAUAGUCAAACCAAACCAAACAACAACAAAAAAAGGAUUAGAAAUGAGAGUAAGGCACGUACGUAGCUGCCACACACUUUCAUAACAAAUAUUUAUAAAAAAUUAUAAAUUACAACAACAAAAAAUAACAAUCACAAAAUCACUACACUGGCAAAAGUAAGGGAUUUCUUUUUAAAUUGUGUUUCUAGAUCUGAAUAAAACACUAAAAUGUAUGAUGGCUGAUUAAAUCAAAAUCUCAGUUAAAAAAAAACCUCAAAUAUUUUCCUUUCAUUUAAAAAAAUUGCAAGAAAAAAUGAGUCAUGUUGUAGUGUUAUGAGAAGAAAAUAAAAAUAAAAUUUCAGAACAAUAAAGCUGCAUUGUUACAAGAAUAAAUCAUAGUAUUGAGAGAAAAAUAAUUUCAGAAUAAAUCGUAAUGUGAAGUGGACAAAGUCAUGUUGUUAUGACAAUAUUAACACUGGAAAGAAACUAUGAAGUCGUAGCAUUACGAGAAAAAAAUUAAAACAUUUUUACAACAAUAAAGCUGCAUUGUUACAAGAAUAAAUUGUAGUAUUAAGAAAAAAGAAGUCAUAUUGUAAAAAGUGUAAAAUUGUCAUGUUACAAUAUUAAAGUGCUAGUGCAAAAGAAGUCAACAACAAACUAAAAACAUUAAAUAGGGGAAAAAAGGCUAAUUUACAAUAAUAACGUUUUCAUGUACGAGAAUAAAUUAUUGUAUUAGGAACAAAAUGAAUUCUGCAAAAGCGAAAAAACAUAUUUCUUGUAACCUUUCCACUAUCUUCGUGUCAUAAUUAUGAGCAAAACUCGCGUGCCAUCAGUGGCCAUCUAAGGCAGUGGUCCCCAACCACCGGGCCGCGGCCCGGUACCGGUCCGCGGCCCGAUUGGUACCGGGCCGCAGAAGAAUUAAAUUUUUUUUAUUUUUAUGAAAUCAACAUAAAAAACACAAAAUAUACAUUCUAUAUCAAUAUAGAUCAAUACAGCCUGCAGGGAUAGUCCGUAAGCACACAUGAUUGUAUUUAUUUAUGUAAAUAUUUGUCCCACCGGUCCGUGGGACAAAUUUUCAAGCGUUAGUACAAAAAGGUUGGGGACCCCUGAUCUAAGGUAAACCAUUUUCAAAUAUUUUUUCCCUACAUUAUGACUUAUUAUCAUAGAAUUACUUUAACAUUUUCUUGCAAACAAACACAUUUCUCGUAACAGUUCACCUUUUACUCCAUGUAAAAACAAGAGUAUUUUUGUUUUUGGUAACGUCACCAUCCAUUUGUGCUGCUUCCCAGCAUGGCCCGAUCAGUCCUCUGUAACUGAGUAGCUAUAUGUCACAACUGCUUCAUUAGUUUAAUCUGUUCAAAGGCUUGCUGAGGUCAAACACGCCAUUCUGUCUGCUGCUAUCCAGCUAAUCAAUGUCUCGUGAUAGAUGCUUAUUAAAAGGCUUUUAAAAUGCCGACUGCAUCUCUGCACUUCUUAAAAAAAAUGUUUUACCUUCAGACACACAGUGUGUUUUUGUGUUAUCACUUCUUAUCUCCUUAAUGUUGGAUUUGUGCUCAAAAUCUUCAACACUUUUUUGCGCAGCACGCUUUUUGUGACGUCAAAGCCCUCCCACAUAGGAAAACACUGACUCGCUAUUGCAAAUAGCAAGACAUGAUGUGGAACAUUUCUUGGCAUUCCCUUACCUGAGUGUCUGUGUAUGUGUGUGUGUGUGUGAACACUUCAUCAUAAGAUGUGUCCUUUUGAGAAUGUUACAUUUGAAGAUUUUAAUAUAACAGAUGCCAGUGCUCUCCAUACGGCAUCAGCAUAACUGAGAAUGAUGUGUGUAAAUAGAGAUAUUCAGCCAAACUAUUUAAAUAAAAUGUCUUUGUUUAAGUUAUAUUUAUGUGUAUGUCACCAAAGACUAUUUAUGUCACCUUUUUGCACUUGCAAAGUGGUAGAAAAGCAAAAUAAAAAUCUCCAAAUGUCUGUAAAUGUUGUCCACCCUGUGAAAUA